GGCGCCAGACUCAAGUUCUGGUUCUCGCGAGAGAGCGUGGGUUCAAAUCCCACUUCUGACAUUUUUACUCUUUUUUUUUUGCAAAUUCAAGAACUUGAUCUGCUAUUUCUGCAAAACAGAAGAAGAUCCAUUUACAUCAAUGGAGGUCCCAAGAAUUCGCGGGGAGCAACCCAGAGAGAAAGAAACACAAUGAAAGCAAUUCACCACUCUCAUUUCUUCGAGACUUCUCAGUUGAACCACAUCCUGAGACUGGUUUCUACCAGAGCAACCACGCUCGGCCAAGCUCAGCAAUCCCAUGCCUACAUCGUCAAGACCGGGUUUUCCGGCGACACCCAUCUCGCCAACAAGUUGCUCUCCCUCUACGCCCACCACCACAGCUUCGCUGACGCCGAUCGCCUCCUUCGCUCUCUCCCUCAGCCCGACGUCUUCUCUUUUGCUCCCCUCAUCUACGCUUCUUCUAAGAUUUCUCUCUUCGAUCAGACCCUCAGGUUUUUUUCGGGAUUGUUAGCUCGGGGCCUGCUUCCCGACGCGUAUGUUCUGCCCAGCGCGAUUAGGGCGUGCGCCGGAUUAUCCGCCGUCGACAUCGGCCGGCGGCUCCACGGCUAUGUUUUGACGGCCGGGUUUGCUUUGGAUUGUUUUGUCCAGUCGUCCCUAGUUCACAUGUAUGUGAAGUGCAGUAACUUGGGAGACGCACACAAGGUGUUUGAUGAAAUGCAUGAGCCAGAUGUUGUCAGCUGGAGCGCCUUGGCAGCUGGUUAUGCAAAACAAGGGGACUCCGCCAAUGCUAUGGGAGUGUUCCGCAAGACAGAAAGCUUGGGGAUUCAGCCUAAUUUGGUCUCGUGGAACGGUAUAAUUGGUGGUUUUAACCAGAGCGGGUGUUUCUUGGAAGCAGUUUCACUGUUCCGGGAGAUGCAUCUGAGAGGUUGCACCCCUGAUGGAACAAGCAUUUCUAGUGUUCUUCCAGCUAUAGGAGAUUUGGGUAAUUUAAAUGUCGGCAUUCAAGUUCAUGGUUUUGUGAUCAAGCUGGGAUGUAAGCUUGAUAUAUGUAUAGUGAGUUCUCUCAUAGACAUGUAUGGGAAGUGUGGCUGUACAACAGAGAUGUCUUUGGUGUUUGAUGACACGGAUCAAAAGGACUUGGGUGCUUGCAAUGCUAUGAUUUCUGGGCUUUCUAGGAACGGUCUUGUUGAUGAAGCCGUUAAGGUUUUUAAACAGUGCAGGGAUGAAGGGAUGGAUGCAAAUGUGGUUACCUGGACUUCCAUGAUUGCUUCUUGCUCACAACAUGGGAGAGACAUAGAAGCACUGGAACUCUUCAGGGAGAUGCAGACAGUUGGGGUCGAACCAAACUGCGUCACUAUCCCUUGUGUGCUUCCUGCUUUUGGCAAUAUAGCAGCGUUGAUGCACGGGAAAGCAGCACAUUGCUUCUCCAUUAGAAGGGGUUUUCUUGAUAAUGUCUUUGUUGCUAGUGCGUUAGUCGAUAUGUACGCUAAUUGUGGGAGGGUAGAUUUGUCCAAGCUCACUUUCGACAAGAUGGCUACAAAGAAUCUGGUUUCUUGGAAUGCUUUGAUUGGUGGGUACGCGAUGCAUGGGAAGGCCGCAGAAGCCAUCAACACUCUUCAUUUGAUGAUGCAGAGUGGGGGAGAGAAACCCGACGCGAUCAGUUUCACCAGUGUUUUAUCUGCGUGUAGCCAAACGGGCCUUCGCAAAGAAGGGGAACAUUAUUUUGAAAUCAUGGCUAAGGAUCACGGGAUCAAACCCAGACUAGAGCACUAUGCUUGUAUGGUGAGCCUCCUCGGUCGGGCGGGAAGGCUCAAAGAGGCCCACUCUCUCAUUACCAAAAUGCCCUUCGAACCCGACGCGUGUGUUUGGGGCUCGUUAUUGAGUUCUUGCAAAACUCAUCGUAAUAUGCAUUUGGGCGAGGUGGCUGCAAAUGAACUGUUCAAACUUGAACCAACAAAUCCCGGAAACUACAUUCUCUUAUCCAAUAUCUACGCAUCUAACAAAAAAUGGAACGAAGUGGACAGAAUCAGGAAAAAGAUGGAAGAUUUGGGGUUAAGGAAGAAUCCGGGUUGCAGUUGGAUUGAAGUGAAGAACAAAGUACACAUGCUUUUAGCAGGAGAUAAGUCACAUCCACAGAUGACACACAUAAUGGAGAAGUUAGCCGAGUUGGGCUUCGAAAUGAAGAAAUCUGGGUUUUUACCAGACACCGAUUUCGUGCUGCAGGAUGUGGAAGAGCAAGAGAAGGAGCAGAUUCUUUGUGGGCACAGCGAGAAGCUGGCAGUGGUUCUUGGAAUACUGAACACCGGCAAAGGGUACCCUCUAAGAGUUAUAAAGAAUCUCCGGAUUUGCGGCGACUGCCAUUCCUUCAUGAAGUUUGCAUCAAGGUUUGAAGGGAGAGAGAUUUCCGUUAGGGACACGAACCGUUUCCAUCACUUUAAGGAUGGCGCGUGUUCUUGUAUGGAUUAUUGGUGAUUGGGUUCUUGAAGGUUCUUCUCUACUCUCACGUAGGUCUGUAGGGGUAAGGUCCUACGUACACAUACCCUCCCUAGACCUUACUUUCGUGGGAUUUUAUUGCGCUUGUUGUAGGAUUUGUUAAUGUUCUUUCCCAAGAACUUCGAGGGAAGCUUGCAGCGUUCCUGGAAAGCUCCCAUUUUGAGCUUUUGCAUUGGCUAUUGGGUUCUGUUUGGUGAGCCUGAAACGGUUGAAUGUACUGAAUAGAGGGAGUGUUUUUUUAGGCUUCUUCGAGUGGAUCAAGAGGUGGGGAUAGUUCAUGAUGAUCAACGCCAGCCCAACAUUCGCCGAAAACUUGGUAUCUGUCCGUAGUAGGAAGGUGUGUUCGUGUUGAAUUGGUUAUCGGUGCCAUUCAAACUACCAAAGGAAUUUGUGAUGUAUCGGAACAACUUAUUCGACGAAUCCUUUGGUAUGGAAUGGUGACAGACACAACAUCCUCGUGAAACGGGGUCACGGGACACAAUGCGUGUUGCACGCUCGUCUUAUGGUAACAGAUGCAAUAAUGUAUCAAAAAAUUG